UAUUCUUGGACACUUUGGGGUCCCACGCACGUUCGUGUGUGAAAACGGCACGUAGUUUACAAGCCGCGCCUUCAAAGAAUGUAUGCGAGAACUUGGAUGUACUCACACUUGUAUACGGCGCCAUACUCGCCCCACGACAAUCCUACGGAGCGUGCAAGCCGCACCGUCAAAACCAUAAUCGCGCAAUUCAUCGAGGGUGAACAGGCAAGUUGAGAUAACCUUCUACCAGAGAUAACACUGGCAGUCAACUCUAGUAUCUCAGAUACUACAAAACUCAGCCCCAUUUUCCUGAUGCAAGGCCGCGAACCAAGGAUGCCCAAGGCGCUAUACGAAGAGAAGACACGAGGGAACGGGAACACCCAAGAAGACUUCACAAUCAAAGCGGCCAAGAUGAAGGAAAUAUCUGAGUUCGUCAAAAUUAAUGCGGAGCGGGCGAAUGCCGAACAGAUGCGCCACUAUAACCUGAGAAGACGCGAAUGGCGCCCCGCCUUGGGCUCUCUCGUGUUAGUAAAACAACACCAACUGUCCAGAGAAGUCGACAGCUUCGCGGCGAAAUUGGCGCCGAAAUAUGUCGGCCCGUUCCGGGUCCUGAAGCUUAUAUCGCCGAACAUCGUACGAAUCCAGAGGCCCGGGGAACGUAAGAGGAAAGUGGCCAACAUUGCAGAGUUGAGAGAAUUUCGAGGCGAUGAGACAGGGGAAGAUGCUAUGGAAGAAGAAGAGUCAGACUCCACUCAAGAUUGGACCGGCGAGGAUGGCGAGAUGGACGACGGUGGAUCCGAAUCGAAGGACGGUCCUGUCGACCUCACCUUGGCGGGCACGGAAGACAGUGACGAGGAGGCUGCGACGGAAGCAGAAAGGGACAACCCAUCGGUCUCGAGUGAGCCACCAGACGAGUCAACCCGGGACACCUCACUUGGGAUUACAUCCCACAGGGGUGCGUCUCCACGGUACGCGUCUCCCCGGUAUGCGUCCCCACGCUACGCGUCUCCCCAGUAUGCGUCACCCCAUUACGCGUCCUCGGAUUUCACGACAUCCUGGUCCCAGUCGAACCCACGUUUCUCAACGGAGGAAUCUUCUCCCUCGACGUACAUGGGCUACCAACCUUUUCCCCGCGGCCGGUGUCAUUCCCCUCACCCAGCAUCCUUUGCCAACCUGGGGGGGCAUACGUAUGAAGACCGACACGCCGACUACGCACCCACCGGAGGUCGCUUUCCUAACCCCAAACGGUGGACUGGUACAGGGAGUCACAAGAGUCAGAAGAAGAGGAGGAUGAAGACAGCGAGUGGACUGCCAGCUUCGUAAGGGAACGAGAGGAUUACCAC